GAGAAUCUAGCAGGAACGGAGAACUGGGAAAACGUCGGUGAGCUUCAUGGUCUGCCAGUCUUCGUGUCCUACUGCCCGGUUGUGAUCACUCUUAUCCUGAGGUCGGACUGUCCGGCACUCAGCGGGUCUUGGUGGAUCCGUUUUGAGACCAUCUCUCGGCUCCCCAGUCGUGAUCCCAGGAUUCCUGGAUCCGCAGACCGCCAAGGUUCUCAGGAUGACGAUUGCGUCUCCGGCUUCGUCCAGUGCUGCGAGCAGGGCACCCUUACCUGCCAUGCCGAAGACGACAAAGAUGGCCCGCGAUUUCUGCAAGUCUGCUCACAGUCUUUGUGUCUCCUGCGUCUUCCGGGACAUCGUGCCUUCCGGCAGAGACUGUUGGGAACUGCAGUUGUGUCAAUGCAAAAAGCCGGCCAGUCUGCCAACAUCGGGCGCGGGCUGAAUGCAAUGAACCUGGAGCUGCCGUUGCACCCGG